CUAAUUUAUCACCUACCAAAUAAUUAUCACUUUGUUUACGUCACCUUCGCACUUUGAUAACAUUAAUAUCAGCUGAAAUAUCAGUAUUAGGCAUUAGUUUUUUUUUCAUAAUAAAUUACCGAUACACACACAAAAACAAUUAUUAUCUCGAUACGUGUGCGUAGGCUUACAACAGUUGCAAUUACUACAUUUAAAUAUAUACAUAUGUAUAUAAAUAUAUAUAUAUAUAUACAUAUGUAUUUGUAUUAUUGUUGUGUUAUUGACGUAUAGAACGCAUGUUAAUGGCGCACUUAACUUAGUAUGAAUCCGGCAAUAAUGUUUUAACGUACAUACAGCGGUUGUCAGGUUGUCUUGAUAGAAUAAGAUAACAGAAAACGUUGCAGUGCCGAAGCGAAAAAUCGCAAAAUAAUAUUUUAGUCAAAAUUCUAGUAUAAUAUUUUGUGUGUACUCUUGCCCUAAUGGGUGCCUUUCAUUGCAAGUCAUGUCAAAAUGGAGAAGACGGCACAAACAUAUUCCGACAUCGUCAGUCGACCGAUAGCGAACGGAGAAGAUUUCUAUUCGGCAGACAACGUAACCGCAGUGGUUCUGUAAAACAGACUGACUCGUUGGUACUCCAAACCUUAAGCAUCAUAAAAAAUUUAGGACUUAUCGACAAUAAUUCUGAAGCUCCAGAAGCGUUACGAAAAUUACAUUGGUUAGCUGAUGAAGGUGAUGGUUGGAUUCAAGUAGUAUUAUCGAUGAUUCACGUAAUUCCUCUAGAAGAUCCUUUAAGUCCAGCACUUAUAACAGUAAUUCUUGAUGAUUGCCCUUUACCUGAUAAAGAUACAAUAAUGAAGCUAUCACAAAUGUUAGACCUUUCAAAUAAAUUACCUAAACGUAAAACAGUUGAUCAACAUCGUAAUAUUUGUGUGAUUUUGGGUAUACUCGCAGAUAAGUUGCCUGGACCUCUUAGUAUUGCCUUAUUAACUAAAGAAACAUUGACUUAUCUUUUUAAUAAUAUGGAUUUGCAAAUGCACCCAUCAAUAAUUCUGUUUUCAUUAAUUGCACUUGAAAAAUUCGCUCAAAUAAGAGAAAAUAGAUGUACAAUUGAAAAUUUUAUGAAGACUGGACCUUUAGCAAUGUUAACAAUAUUUGAAAGGUUGACUGGUUCUGAUCAACCUCUUUAUGCUCAAGUUGGGUUCUGUGCUGAAUGGCUUUUAGAUAAUAUAUUUAUAGAUGAUCAGAGACCACUUUCACAUUCUAACAUUGCUAUGGAAGGAGUAAAUGCUGUAUUAAAUCAAGAAGAUGCUAGCGAGUAUAUAAAACUUGGACCUAGUGGACUAGAAGCAAGAUGUGAUGCUUGUAGUUUUGAGAGUGUCCGGUGUACAUUCCAAAUUGAUAAAGGUACUUGGUAUUAUGAAGUGACCAUAUUAACAUCUGGAGUCAUGCAAAUUGGCUGGUCAACGAGAAAUUCAAAAUUCUUCAAUCAUGAAGGUUAUGGGAUUGGCGACGAUGAGUAUUCAGUAGCAUAUGAUGGGUGUAGACAACUAGUGUGGCAUGGUGCUCGAUGUACAAGUUCUGUGCUAGGACGAUCGUGGCGUGAAGGAGAUACUGUUGGAUGCUUGCUAAGAGUUGAAUCGCCAUCCCCUUGUGCAACUUUCUAUUUGAAUGGCCAAAUUGUCGCAUCAAAUGAUAAAAUAUUUCAAUACGCUAAGUCUGAAUUUUUCGCCGCUGCCAGUUUUAUGACUUUUCAACAAAGUCGAUUUAAUUUUGGUGGCAAACCGUUUAAAUAUCCACCUAAAGGUAUUAUUUUUAGUGUCAUGAACGAACAUGGACAACUAGAUGACAAACAGAGGACAAUUUUACCAAAGAGAAUGAGACUGGAAUUUUUGGGUAGACAAACGGCUGAUGAGGAUUCUUGUACUAUCUGUUUUGAUCACAAAGCUGAUGUGAUGUUACAUCCGUGUAAACACGAAGGAUAUUGUAAAUCGUGUGCACAACAAUUGACAUUAUGUCCAGUAUGCCGCCAACUUAUUGAUAGGUAUCAAGAAACUAUUCAGCAGCAGCUUGCAAUUCCAUCUACCACAGUCCUAGUCAGUUAGCUCUGAUGUAUGAUCUCUUAUGUGGUUGUAGUAUAUGUUUAUAUAUAUAUAUAUAUAUAAUACAUAUUAAAACGACUAUAUGUAUAUAUACUUUUAUUAUUAUAUUUGUAAACUUUGUGUAUAAUCAAUCGACCAUAAUAUGAUAAAUGUUGUAUAAAAAUAUGUAUCUUUUUAAACAAAUGUGUGUUUAUAAGUAA